AUGCUCACAGCUUCCUUCCGUCCGCCCAGUAACGCCUGGUACACACGUCCUCCUCCUCCCAUGCAGCGUCGCGGCCGCUCUCGCCAGGUCUCAAACGUGGCCCUCGCUAGACAGGCCUCCGAAGAGCGCAGACAGGCCGCCCUACACGAGUUGCAUAGGCAAGCUCGCCUCCUCGCAUCCACUUCCCGCCAUCUCCUCCCAUCGCAUCCACCCCCCGACUCGUCCCUCUUCCUCCAGGCUGGCAAUCUAGACCCCCCAAUACCCGCACUCGUCCUCAACGACGUCCUCUCUCCCCUGCCACCUCCCGCACCAUCAAUACCCUCUGAUACCACACCCACACCCACGCCUGUCGCCCCUCUCCCAAGUCGCUCGCCCUCCCCUACGCCCUCCGCUUCCGAAGGCUCUUCUAAUUCGUCGUCCAUGUCAGAUUGCCUGUCGCUAUCGCCAGACUAUUACGACUCACCCCCAUCACCCCCUCGUUCCCUCCAAGAUCAGGUACAGGUCGCUUACGCACUAGACGACAUUAGACUCGCAAAGAUCCUUCUAUUGAAACUCAAGGGCGUAGAAAUCACUUCCGACGACGAUCCUAGAAUUGAUGAAGUCCGAGAUGAAGACUUUGAUAUAUGCUUCGUGCCAGCUGGCCCUUUGGUGCUCGAGGAGGCGGACAGAAAGGCUGUUCAAGAAGUUCAGAGAAGAGAACGUGAAAGAUGGGAACAAAGGCAGAGGAUGGAAAGGUUGAAGGCUUGUGAGAAGAUAUGGGAGGAAGAGAAACGCAGGCUGCGUAAGGAAAGACUUCGUGCCCAGAAGAAGCGUGAGGACGAAUUUGCAAGGGAGCAAGAACAUAGACGCGUGGCAGAAGCACGAGAACGAGAGGAGUUAGAACGUGCCUUCCACCAACGAUCCCCGCGGCUGGGGAUCUCUCUCCCUUCACGUGAGAUCCUAUCUUAUGGAUCUUUAUCGCAAGCUCGCCUCGAGCAUCACGUCCCUCUACGAGACGAGGACCCCUUCCAGUACAAUUUCAUGCCACUCAGCGUCAGUCCUGUGCAUCGAUCGCUUGGUUCCCCGAAAUCCCCUAAAUAUAAGACACCCGCGAAUAUGCGCUCGCCUUGCCGCAUACAACGCUCUGUCUCUUUCAAAGACGUCGUUGCCAGCAUGCACGGUCAACUAUUCCCUCUCGAUCCAGCUGAACAGGCCCAGGAAGCCAAACGUCUCUCUGGCGUCAGCUCUCUUGUCAGCCCCGCAUGUCACAGGCGCAAGAGCACCGUCAGGGCUGACCUCCUCGAUAGUCUUUUAAAGGUCGUCGAGUGGGAGGAGGGUGAAAAGCGUAAGGCAAAGGGUAAAACUGCGCAGAGACCGGUGAGAUACUCAGAGAAGUCUUCUCUCAGCUAUCGCACCCCUUUCUGUGCGGCGUGUUCCGCGGCCUCCACGUCUGCAUCGUCCUCUGGUACAGCCGCAUCGCGUGCAAGCUCGUGGCUAUCAUUCGGUGGCUCGCGAAGCUCCACAGCAUCCGUGUCUACAGCAAUGACGAGCCCUGCGAUGUCUCCUAUCUCACCAUCAUCGAAAUCACCCCUGUCAUCUCCUCCAUCACAGGCGGGGUCAGAGAUAAAAGAGAUCGCUGUACCUCAUUGCUGCCAUCCUCAACGCGCCCUCGUUCCUGUACCUCUCGCAGAUUGCCCGUUGUCCAUCCCAGAGCCCCACUCGGCUGCACAGGAAGCGAAAAAGCUGAAUCGUGGCGCUGUUACUGCACAGAAUGACUCGCAGACUGGGACUAUAACAACUGGCGGGAGUGUGGGCAGGACCUUUGUGAAGCGAGUAAGUCAGUCGGUCACUGGGUUUGUCGAAAUCGCCAGAGGACUGCAAUCGGCAUACAUAGCCGCUGCAUUGUUCUCUAGUGGUUCGCCUUAUAACCUCCGACCGCGCUCCAUGUCGCCUGCUCGUCCCAAGCUCCAGGGCAUAAACGUAAAGACGCCUUUGCCUGAAGGGUACCGCGUGCGUCGUGCCGAUGUAAGCACUUUUAUCGCUUCUGUCGAUGAUGGGAAUGGUGCAGUACAGCCGGUGCAUUUCAUCCCGCUCGUCUGCCCCUUCCCAUCACCCCCGAAUUCAACGACGGAUUCUACAGCACGCAUGCGCGCUCGUUCGCCGCAACCUCCCAUCGUGCCCUCUCCCCUCCGCCCUCGCACGCCCCCAUCCGCACUUGCCUAUCGCAUGCGGCCCGUUGCCAACCCCGCGCUGUUGCGCUUGAGGGCGCUUCAGAAUCUCAUGUAUGCGCGCGGGAAAGAAUGGGAGGGACGCUCGCGAGAGGGUGGGUUGGGGUGUGGGAAGGAGAGGAUGUUGGGCGUUGCAUUUGAGGGCCGGGGACGGAGUGGACUUGGGUGUGAAGUGCGAUUCGUAGCGGUGGUGUGAUUGAUGGUGGGAUGGUGAAUGGAUGAUAAGCGCGUGAAUGGUGUGAGGUGGUUGGUUUUGCGAGUCACACAUCCGCGUUGUUUUUGUGUGUGUUUUGCUUUUUUAUGCAUUAUGGUCACGUAUAAUGGUGUGCUCGGUGAUUUUGACGUCUUAUAAUCUCUUUAUGUGCUUCUAAUACUAAUGCAUCAUGGGCUCUUAUGUGUACGAGUGGCGAACACGAGUACAGUGCUGUUGUAUCUAUAUUGCGACAUCUUUGCGAUACCCUUCAUAUGUCCGUACAUACCUUUUUUCCGUUUCCGUUUUCUUUAAAUUUUUUUUAUACCUCACUUGUUCUCUCCACUUUUCCGAUUCCCCCCCUUUUUUUU